AGAUAUGGGGGGGGGGGAGAGAGAGAGAGAGAGAGUCGGGGAGAAAGGAGAAAAAUAUUUAAGAGCAGAGAAGCUUCUGACUCUCGCUGAAGGAAGUGGAAAAGGAAGAGCAGCUGAAAGAGAGCAACAGUAAGAUUGUGAGAAAAGAACCAGCGUCUCGUCUCAUUAGAAAGUUUGUUCUUGCAGCAGGGGAGGAGAUUGAAGAUCAGGCUGUAAAUGAACCCUGUGCAGGCUGUCAAGAGAAUGAGUGAGGUUUGGCAGAUUUCUGUCCAUCUCUGUGCUCCUGCACAUUCCGGUACCUGUGCCCUUUAGACCGGCACUGAGCUUGAACAGGAACCAUGCUGUCUCAGAGGAUCCUGAGCUGACGCACUGUGUGGAGGGGCCGGCGCAGAGGAUGGACUGACUGACCUCAAUUGAAGCUCAACACAGAUGAAGAGAUGAAGCAGCCAACAAUAUAGAGCUUAUUUUAGAAGGUCGCACUCCAACUUGGUCCAAAUCCGUCAGAGUGGGUUACGAGCCAUUGCUGGCGGAGUUCUUCCUAGACCUACUUUGCAGGGUUAGUGACGACUGAGACAAGUCCUGGAGUGAUGUGGCUGAUUUGGUCAGAAUAAAACUACUCGGGCUCCUGGCUUUUUUUUUUCUUCUCCUCUCUCUUCCCCUCUCUCUUCCCAGUGGCAUUGGCAAGUCCACUCAAAUUUGGGGCUAAAGCUCCAGAAGAGGUCGGAUCUGCCGUCCAAGCCACAGAUUCACUGGGAGAAUAAACGAGUCGGGACUUGUUCCUCUGAUGUCAUGGUGCCUGUUGCCACUGCGUGUUCCCACUGUCUUUUUCUCUGAAAUGCGACCGUGCCAAGGAUGUGGAAGUUUAAAGCUUUUUGUCUGGAUUAUUGGCACGUGCUGUGUUUGCACCCACACAGCAACUUCUACAAGAGUGUGGAAGGGGAUGGCCGGCCCAGUGAGAGUGGCACGUCUCUGGACGGUCGACCCAACUAUGGUCAGGGACCAGUGACUCACAGCUCAGCCAUCAGCCCUGACCGAUUUGACAGCCCACUUUACAGCCACGGGGUCCAGCCUGGACCCCAGAGGCCCCGACGGCCCAAGCUCCAGCACUCGCAGUCUAUCCUCCGUAAGCAGGCCGAGGAGGAGGCUAUCAAGCGUUCCCGUUCGCUCUCUGAGAGCUAUGAGCUUUCUGCAGACCUCCAAGACAAACAGGUGGAGAUGCUGGAGCGUAAAUAUGGUGGCCGAUUCAUAACUCGGCAUGCGGCUCGCACCAUCCAGACAGCCUUCCGCCAGUACCAGAUGAACAAGAACUUUGAACGUCUCAGGAGCUCUAUGUCUGAGAACCGUAUGUCCAGGCGGAUUGUUCUGUCCAACAUGAGGAUGCAGCUCUCAUUCGAGGGCCCUGAGAAAGUCCACAGUUCCUACUUUGAAGGGAGGCAGGUGUCCAUGACUGAUGACGGCACCCCACUGUCCAUGGUGCAGUCUGAUUGCGGCGAUGUAGAGAUUCACCAGCAGGCCAACUUGGCACCUCACCCAGUCCCGCAGGGUGAUCUGACGGAUGCAAUCACAGAGCUGGAGGAUGCCUUUUCCAGGCAAGUUAAAUCUCUGGCUGAAUCAAUUGAUGAUGCACUGAACUGUCGCAGCCUUCAGGGGGAUGAGGGACCAGACCCAGAGGCCAUGGGCUGCCCUGAAGUCGAGCGGGAAGUGCCCUAUCAGGUGAAAUCCCACCGCAGGGCAGGCAGUCGUAUGCGUGAUGAUCCAACCUACAGCGAUGUUACUCUUUUCAUUGAUGAGGAGGACAUGCCCCCCUCUAUUGCUUUGUCGAGGUCAGGGGACCACCCCUCCAGCACAGAAUCGGACAUGCGGUUACGUUCGGUCAACUCCUCCCAGGAGUACUGGCCUAUUGACCCUAAAGAUGAGGGUCGUGACACAGACACCAGCUGCCGCAGCACUCCAUCUCUAGAGUGCCAAGAGCAGCGCCUUAGAAUGGACCAUCUUCCUCUGUUGACUAUAGAACCUCCUAGUGACAGCUCUGCAGAGAUCAGUGACCGGUCAGAUCGUGGCUCUGUCAAACGACCCCCUGUGUACGAGCCUCACGCCCACAUUGUAACGUCAUCCCAGGCUAGCCCCAAACACAUUUCUCAUGGGCCCCCACCACGAGCUCCCCCUCGUGACGAUGAGGCAUCUUUGCGUCGCCGCCACCGACAGCUGGAAAGCCAUCUUGCCAUCAAUGGCUCAGCCAACCGACAGAGCAAGUCAGAAUCGGACUUUUCUGAUGGUGACAAUGACAGCAUCAACAGCACAUCAAACUCAAAUGAUACAAUCAACUGUAGCUCUGAGUCAUCGUCGAGAGACAGUCUACGAGAACAGACGCUCAGCAAACAGACGUACCACAAGGAGACACGAAACAGCUGGGACUCACCUAUCUUCAGUAAUGAUGUUAUUCGCAAGAGACACUAUCGCAUCGGCCUGAAUCUCUUCAACAAGAAGCCAGAGAAAGGCAUCCAGUACUUGACUGAGAGGGGAUUUAUCCCAGACACACCGGUGGGCGUGGCUCACUUCCUGCUGCAGAGAAAGGGGCUGAGCAGGCAGAUGAUAGGAGAAUUCCUCGGCAACCGGCAGAAACAGUUCAACAGAGAUGUCCUGGACUGUGUGGUAGAUGAAAUGGACUUCCAGGGCAUGGAGCUGGAUGAGGCUCUUAGGAAAUUUCAAAACCACAUUCGUGUCCAGGGGGAGGCCCAGAAGGUAGAGCGGCUCAUCGAAGCCUUCAGCCAGCGCUACUGCAUCUGUAACCCCACUGUGGUGCGACAGUUCAGGAACCCUGACACCAUCUUCAUCCUGGCCUUCGCCAUCAUCCUCCUCAACACUGACAUGUACAGCCCCAACGUCAAGCCUGAGAGGAAGAUGAAGCUGGAGGACUUCAUCAAGAAUUUGCGAGGUGUGGAUGAUGGUGAGGACAUUCCCCGGGAGACUUUGGUUGGCAUCUAUGAAAGGAUCCACAAGCGAGAGCUGAAGACCAAUGAAGAUCACGUGUCACAGGUGCAGAAGGUUGAGAAGCUCAUCGUGGGGAAGAAACCAAUUGGAUCGCUCCAUCAUGGUCUGGGAUGUGUUCUGUCGUUACCCCAUCGCCGCCUGGUGUGUUACUGCCGUUUGUUUGAAGUGCCGGAUCCCAACAAGCUCCAGAAGCUCGGCCUUCACCAGCGUGAGAUCUUCCUCUUCAACGACCUCCUCGUGGUAACCAAGAUAUUCCAGAAAAAGAAGAACUCUGUGACGUACAGCUUCAGACAGUCCUUCUCUCUGUACGGGAUGCAGGUCAUGCUGUUUGAGAAUCAGUAUUACCCCAAUGGAAUCAGACUUACAUCAGCGAUACCAGGUGCAGACAUCAAAGUACUCAUCAACUUCAACGCGCCCAACCCCCAGGACCGCAAGAAAUUCACAGACGACCUACGGGAAUCCAUCGCUGAGGUCCAGGAAAUGGAGAAAUACAGAAUAGAGUCUGAGCUGGAGAAGCAGAAAGGGGUGGUGAGGCCGAGCAUGUCGCAGAGUUCCGGUCUGAAGAAGGAAGCUGGCAAUGGGAGCAUGAAUCGUGCUAGUCUGGAUGACACCUACACGAUGGGAGAAGGCCUGAAGAGGAGCGCCCUCAGCAGCUCGCUCCGAGACCUCUCCGAAGCAGGCAAGCGGGGGCGUCGCAGCAGUGCAGGAUCACUAGACAGCAAUAUGGAAGGGUCCAUCAUUAGCAGUCCUCACACACACCGAAGAGCCACCACGCCGCGCGAGGGCACAACCCGCGGCCAUCCCACAAUCUCCAACUCUGCAUCGACUUCCAUCCUCGGGUCACUGUUUGGCAGCAAGCGAGGCAAACCUUCAUCCCAGAGCCACCCUCCUUUUCCUCCACCCGGUCACCCCACCCUCAUAUCCCACAAGCCCCACCCGACCAACCUGCACCACACGGCGCAGGUGGUGCACGCGGUGCAGGCCCAGCUCCACAGUCACCAUUCCCAGUACUGCCAAGUCCCGCAGAACCCACCGCCUUACCACCACCACCACCACUACCACCCCCCGCCGCACACGCAGUACCACCAGCACCCAGCCUACGCCCCACACGCGCACCAACAACACGCCCACUCGCAGCAUAGCCACUACAGCCAGCAUUCCCACCACGCCCCGCACUCCCAGCAUGCCCCUCACCACCACAGUCAGCAAACUGGUUCGGCACCUGGAGGACCUAAACCCAAACACAGUGGCAUCAGUACCGUAGUGUGAUGUUUCUACCAAGGAGGGGAAGAGGAGAAGUGAGGCGAGAACUUAACUACACCAAAGGGACUGAUGGCGUGACUGUAUGGCCUGUCCACUGUGUUUCACUGCUGCUGUGAUGGGAGCCAAUCACCGGCACUCACCUCCAGGUCUAAGGAAACUGGACUCAAACCUUCUUCCACCAGGGGCCUUUUCUAGUUUGCCUGAUUGUGGGUGUGAUCCCAUCAGGAAUGAAUUUCCUUGGGGGUUUUUUUUAUGUUUUUUUUUUGUUUGUUUGUUUGUUUCUCACAACCACCAACCGACCGUGACGGCUGAGGAGAAACCGCCUUCUCGCCAAGCCGCUCCCCACUGCUCCAUCCAUCCAGUAACCUGUCUUAUCUCCACGGAAUCAGGAGGAAUGAUGCCGCGAAGACAAAUGUGGCUGUUUUUAGCUCGCACAUCUUCCUUGAAGCUAACCUUCAACACGACCUCGUUGGGUUUGCAGAUCUUCCCAUCAUGCGAAUGCUGUUUGUUGUUGCCUACCGUAGAACUCACGCAUAGUGGAAAAACCGUCUGUAGUCGUUUCACAAUAAAAGCACAGGUAGCCAUCUGAGUCAGCCGCCAUAGUCGUUCUAGUGAUGUAUUUUACUGUAGAUGACAGCUAUACGUGUUGUCUCUUAGCUCUCAUGAAUAAACGUGCCAAUUAUUAACGCAUAAUCUAUUUAGUCCAGACUUCAUGUACAGUAUAUUGUGCGUAAAGUAAUUUGUAAGAUUAUACUUACAAUUAUUAUCAGCAAAAAUGACUUAUCAGUAUUAUACUGACUAUGUGGUAAGAGGACUAAGACCUGAAAGGAGUGAACUCCCAUUCGGUGCGGCCAGUACACUUUUUCAGGAAUUUCUGCCUUUCAAACAGAUCAGAAAGAGCUUCUAGAUUGCAGCUGGUGCAUACAGGCCUGGGAAUGUUGCGGCGGCAGAAAGCAGAAUUUCACCUUCCUCUCUUUUGGAUAUUGUUGCCGCUUACAGAUUCAGGAUUAGCAGCGGGAGAUCUUAUUGGAAAGGAAAGAAAUUUUGGAUGCGUGUUUAAGGAAAAAAAAAAAAAGACCCAUGGGUGUUGAGUCUUUUUGCCUUUAACAUAUGCAACAGCUGCUCUCUUGACUCUUAAAAAUCAGACUAAAAAAAAUUUGCUUUUGCCUUGUUUAGUGUUUUAUUUUUUCACCAGUGGUGUUUGGUGAGUGAAUAAAACCAGUUCUCGCAUAGUGAAGUAUUUUUUUUCUUUCUUUCAUAUGUGCAAUACCUUUGUACUGAUUUUGUACGCGAAGAACAAGCCUCCAAAUUGUUCGUUUUCAUAUUGUUGUGUAUUUAUUUUUUUCGGACCCUCCACCCCCGUCCUCGGCUGUCCUCGCAGCCUCGUGAGCGGUAUGAGCUCGAGAGUUGAGUGGAUUGUCUUGUGAUGUUUUUUGUUUGUUUGGUUGUUUUUUUUUGCAUGUGAUGUUAUUGAUGUGAAGCGACCCUCUGCACAUUCUAUAACAAAUCAGUGUUACCAUAGCAACUUUAAGUGCAAUCGUGUUUAAAAGUGCAGACUUUUACUGAGAGCCGUAAUCUGUUAUCACAUUGUCCAGAAAGAGAUUCAGGUGAAAAAAAAAAAAAAAACAAACUUUUUUUCAUUGAUAAAUAUAUAAAUACUUAGUUACACAGUUCGUGGUGGAAAUAGGAAUGUGUGUAUAUAUUUUCAUAAGCUUUUCUUUGAGCUGAACAGAAAUAUUUUGCUGGAUAAGCACAUACGAUAUAUAGCAGUAAUAUACAGCAGAAAUGCAAACUGAACAAAGGAGCUGGGUCUAUGUAAAGAAUAACUUUCUAUCUACAUUCUACAAAUAAGAGUCUUAUUAUAGUGUGUAAAUUAGUGACAGUAAACCAUUUGUCCCAAUAUUCAGGUUGUAAAUGUAUUUUAACAUUAACAUAAAAAAACA